AUGUCUGGCAAUCCAUAUGAAGUCGAGCACAACAUAAAAGCGCCCGCGCACGCGCCGCACCGGCGGCGUCCCGACAUGUCGAGCUUCACGUCGCACUUGCACCAGAUCUCGCCGGACGCGGAUCGGCGCGCGCACGGGCGGUCCCACACGGGGCCGACGCCCGUCGACGCCGCGGCGCUGUUCCGCUUACUGCAGGACCAGUUCGCCGUCCUGCUGACCGACGCGCCGAACGCCGAGAACCAGAGCCUGCUGCAGUCGCUCAUGACCACCUUGGAGCAGGACAUCGGCUCCCCGCCCGACACCAUCCCGGGCGUCAGCCAGGAGUACCUCGACAACCUGGACCGCGUGCCGCGCAAGCAGCUCAAGAAGGACGACAGCUGCCCCAUCUGCGCCGAGCCCUUCCUCGACGACCAGUACCCCCUCGUCGUCGAGCUGCCGUGCAACGGCCACCACCAUUUCGAUCUCGAGUGUGUGGGCCCGUGGCUGCUGAGCAAGGGGAGCUGUCCGAUGUGCAGGCAUGACUUGACGAAGAAGAAGGUGGUGGAGAUUCAGAAGGAUGACGAGGAAGAUGAGGAUGAUAUGGAUGGGCUGUAUGGAUAG